UCACUUUGAUUCCUGCCACUCUCUCUCCCCUUCCUUCCCAUCUCUCUCUCUCUCUCUUCUUCGCUAAUUCUCAUUACAUCAUCAUCUACAACUGGGAAUCUAUCCACACUUCUCCUCCUCAGUUGCUAUCUUUUUGUUCUGACAACAACACAACUUUAAGGUUGAGUUGAAGAAUAUAAUCCUUUUGUUUGUAUUUUAGCAGCAGCAUUAUGGGCAGGCAUUCUUGUUGCUACAAGCAGAAGCUCAGGAAAGGCCUCUGGUCUCCUGAAGAGGAUGAGAAGCUUAUCAAACAUAUCACCAAGUAUGGGCAUGGCUGUUGGAGCUCAGUCCCCAAACUUGCAGGUCUGCAGAGGUGUGGGAAGAGCUGCAGGCUUAGGUGGAUUAAUUACUUGAGGCCUGAUUUGAAAAGAGGGACAUUUUCUCAGGAGGAAGAGAGUUUGAUUGUUGAAUUGCAUGCAGUUUUAGGCAAUAAAUGGUCUCAGAUUGCAGCAAGAUUGCCAGGAAGAACAGACAAUGAGAUCAAGAAUCUCUGGAAUUCUUCAAUCAAGAAGAAGCUGAGGCAAAAGGGGAUUGACCCCAACACUCACAAGCCAUUAUCGGAGGUCGAAAACGAUCAAGAAAACCCGUCGGCGGCGACCAAGAAGACCGGAAUUGCUUCCCAGGAUUCCGGCGAACUUUCUCUAAUGGAAUCUGAACACCAUUUACUCUCACCCCCCGCACCAGAACCCAACAAUAAUAACACUAACCUCUCCGCAAUGGCGCCCAUGGACCGAUUCUCUGCUCUUCCGGCGGCGGCGCCGCCGCAAGAAUUCUUCCCCAACACCGCCACCAAAAUCCCCGAUUUAACAGCCUACCUCUGUUUCCAGCAGAUGAACAACUAUUCCCCUUCAAACAACACUAACACAAACCUUUUCUUCAAUCCAAACAACAAUAACAACAAUGUCCCAAAUUCUGUUCUUCCACCCCCUUCAAUCUCAAACUCCAACUCUUCUUCUUUCUUUGAACCCAACAAUGGCUUCCCCUGGGAAGUCUGUGGGAAACCAGAGAACAAAGAAACUGAAGAAAUCAAAUGGUCUGAUUAUCUGCAAACGCCAUUCUUGCUGGGAAACACAAUCCACAACAUUCAAGCUCCCCAUCAUCACCACCAUGAUUUGUUCAACGAAACCAAACCCGAGACCCAAUUCGCAGCCGCACAGCCUUCAUUGCCCACCACUUGGCUCCAGAAUGAUCAGCACCCAUCUUUAUAUAAUAACGCCAAGCAUUUCCAGAGAAUUUCAGCCGCUUUUGGGCAGUUUUCUUAAACUUAGGUGUGUAUGUGUUAUACUGUUCCUAUUCUAUAUAUAUAUAUAUAUAUUCUUCUGUAAAUAGGACUUAUACAUAUUUUUUUUAUGGUUUUAAAUUCUUGGGAUACUCUCAUUCAUAGAAUCUUGAAAGCAUUCCUGUC